AUGGGGAACGACCGACGGGCGUUACAUGCAGCAUCGGACGAGCACGACGCCGCGGCAGCGGCACCACAGGCCGUCGAGAAUGUUUCAGCCGAUAAUGCUCAUCGACGUGGCUCCGUCACUGUGGCAGAAGGUGGUGCCGCAACGGCGAACUCGCGCAAGGGCAGUGUCGCGGUGGCCAGCAACGUGACUAGGAAAGACAGCAUCUUUGGUCUCGAAGCCACCGGCGGCCAGAGGAUGAGCGAAGAGCGCAGGCCAAGUGCCUCUCUUGCCAGCGACUUGUAUCAUAAAAUGAAGGGUGAUCGCAAGUAA